AUGACUACUGUCUAUAUCGUUUGUUUUGCUUUGGCCGUGGCUGUUGUCGAAGCUAUUCAAGGACCUAGCACUGUAAAAAAUGUCCAAUUGGCAACUACCACCCAAAAAACGAAAACUACUGUAAUAUCAUUAGCCGUUAAUAAAACUGAGCAUAAUCACACUAUUAAGUAUAAUUUGACAACUGCAAACGAUACUCCGUCUCAACCCAAAAAUCUAAAANCUAGCAGUAAUAAAGCCGUCUCGACCCAAAAAUCUAAUACAGCUAUACCAUCAUCCUUAGUGGUUAACAACACUGCCGAUAGUAACGCGUUUAAUUAUAACGUAACAAUUGAAAACGGAACUGAUGUCGUUAAACCUUUUGAGAUCGAAUCUCCAAUUUUUCAUUCUAAUGAAUCUUCAACAAAUCAUUCUAGCUAUGGAGUGCCUUUUGUUGUAAUUAAAACUAAUAUUGAACUAUCCAACAACACCGUCACGACCCCUAGUAACAAUAAAGAAACCACAGGUACCUCUAUGGUGACUUCCGCUAAGACCACAACAGCAAUCACUACUACUGUUGCUACGACCAUUAUAGGUGCUACCAAAAACAACCCAGUAUCUUUAAAGAUUUUGACUGAUAAGUACUGCAGUUGUGAUUUAACUUUUGGUAGUUGUGAUCUAAACUGCUGUUGUGAUUCCGAAUGUUCAAUCAGUGAUUUAAAAACGUUUACAUUAUGUUCCACUGAAGUUAUUUGGGGGAUAAUAAAAUUAAAAUCGAUUUUGUUUGACUCAUCAUUGUUUUAUGUCAUUGUAGAUAAUGUACCCUCCAACUACUUCUAUCCAGAACGAGAACCAAUUGAAACGGAAACACAAGUGCAGUCAGUACUUCGUAAUCGAAAUGUAAUUGAAUUGCAUGUUGACAAUACUUUAACUAACCAUUUAAGUCAUCGACUUAAUUUAGUUUACAAAUCAUUGCAUUGGAUAUUUGUUUAUUCUAAUAGAAACACUAAUGAAUCUGCAGCUUUCAGUCUUAAAAAUAGUGCGUUUGAUUCAUUAUGUAGUGUCGACGAUUUGGUUGAGUAUCUUGUAGACAAAGACACAUCCUGUGACGUGUAUAUUCAAAACUUGACUGAAUCUUGUAAAAAUAAUUCUAUUUUGAGCUUUAAUAGAUUUUGUGUUGAUCGUGGAUUUAAAGUUUCCCAUCCAAUUUAUGAUUACUCAUCAAAAACUGAGAAAAUUGAAUUAGUUAACUUAAAGGCUGUUGUGCAUCAUUGUUUCUUGGUAAUGAAUGGUUCUUACAAUUGCUCCAUAGAGCAAAUUAAUCCACCAACUCCUGUGUUCAGCAUAGAUGGAUCUACGUGUCGUAACGUUGUAGAGACUGUUGAGUAUGUUUUCCAACAUAAUGGUACUCGCGGUGUUAAGAAUUUGGAUGUGUAUUUUUUUUAUCAAGAUUUGUCCAACGAAGGACAAAAAACACCUAUGUAUUUUAGGCAACAAUUUAAGGUAAAAUUCAAAUGGGCCAAUCAAAAUAUCAACUCUUACCCACUCAGUGGAAAACCAGGCUACAUACAGGGAAAACCAGUGAUUAUAAAACAUAAACAGAGUAAACCUAACGAAGUUCAAUUUUUGAGUGUACCAACAUCUGAGAGUCGAGCUUGUGAUUCCAAUUCUAAGUUAUUGGUAGAUUUCAAUUAUAAUGUCAAGACCACGUGUGUUUUUCGGUGGAAAAAAAAAGAAUCAAUAACAUCUAUUGAUUUUUGUCAAAAAUUACAGGCUAAGAUAAUUUUAAUGUUGGGAAGUUAUGAUGAUUUAAUGGUUAGCAGUAUGGGUGAUCCAAAUGUGUCCAAGUGGAUUCCUAUUAUGGUUCUUAAACCUACAAUAAGUGACCAAUGUAAAAACGUUGUCAAUAGGAUUAGUAUGAAAGUAUUUUUCUCAAAUGUUGGUUCGUUUGAGAAUCCACAAGCAACAAUUCAUGGUAUUUUAGUAAAUUUUUCUUCAAUUCACUAUAAUGGCUAUGAAAUAGAUAAUGAAAAAACGACUUUUGAGAUUCCAAUAAUAAACAGUGUAAAAUUUGUAGACCUUACUAAAGCUCCAAUAAGAGAAUUCGCUGAUCCACCUACUUACGAAUUUAGGCUUCCUGAAGACUUUUUCUAUCCUUUCUUAUCAGACGGAUACAGAACCUACUCCAAAUUUUCAAUAAUUUUACUAUUGUCUGUUUUAAAUAUAUUAUUGUAAUAUAAUUUUAAUUAAUAAAAUUAACUUGAGUUGUAUUAUUUAAAACUGUGACUUUAAAUUCAAAAAUUUUUUAUUUAUGUUUCUCAUCCAAAAUAUCCAUAAGAAAAAUUUCAAAUUUUAAUUAAAGGAAUAAAGUUUGUUACCUAUCACUGGAUUAGAAAAUAAUUCGUAGUAUAAACGAAUUUAAGGUAAAAUGAACUUAACAAUAUAUGGAUUCAAAAAAU